AUUGUGAUUGAUUUGGUUGUUGGGUAUCAAACGAACCCUCCUAUAAUUUAAACUUUAACGUUUUUACAAGAUAAUUUAUUUGCAAAAUGUAAAAUUUCCUAAAAUGUGUUUACUUACAUUUAUUUAUGUGUUAAAUUAGUGUAUUAAACAAGUAUUUUUAAAGUUUACGGGUCGUAUAGAUUAUUAUGGUUGAAGCGUCUCAAUCGAAAUUGCCUAACCAAGCUGACGUAAUCCACCAUUUUGUAUAACUUAUUGACAUUUCGUUAUAAAAUAGUGUUUUUCGAAGAAAUGAAAGCUUAAGCUGCUCUUCAAAUCCUGUAAAAAACACGUUGGUACCUGACCAUGUCCCAUGAAGAAAUUGAAUAUCAGCAGUUUCAAUCCACAAGUAGUGCGGAAGAAAAUGAUACAGACACAGAUCAGUACGAUCAAUCAGAAUUGGUUGUUCUCAAUGAAGAAUAUGAAGAUACAAACGUCGGCGUCGUCCAUAGAAGUGAACCAGUAGUAAAACGACGUGGGCAUCUUCCAAAAAACGCCGUCAAGAUUCUAAAAAGCUGGCUUUACGAGCAUCGUUUUAACGCAUACCCCACAGAAAUGGAGAAACAAAACCUAUCCAUCGAGACCAAUUUAACGUUCCUCCAAAUUAGCAAUUGGUUUAUAAACGCACGACGACGAUAUCUCCCCGAAAUUAUGCGUAAAGAAGGAUAUGAUCCUAAUCGGUACACAAUUUCUAGACGAGGAAAAAGGUUAAAGAACAACGAAUCGUUUGGGAAACGAAAGAAACAACGCCGAUCUCAAACUAGUGAUGAUUCUGAAUAUGAUUCGGAAGAGGAAGCUGUUAAUGGUUAUAAUCAAACUAGAAUUUUGCAAAAAAAGAAAUUUAAUCCUUGGCAAGCAGAUAUUCAUUAUGGGUUAACUAUUGAUGCUGAACAUCCAGCUAAUAGAGGGGGUGGAAGUGUUGAUGUUGAAACAUUUGAAGAAAAUAUUGUUACUAACGCUCAUCAAAUUACUACAAACGCUUCUAAUUUGAUAUUAGUCAAGACUGCAUCUGGUAAAAAUGUUGUACUCAAAGUAGUGCCUCAAAACAGCCUUGAAGAUAAAGGUGUGCUACAAACAAAAGCUGUUAGUGUAAGUCCUUUGGGCUCAACAACAAAUGUAAAGGAAGAGUUUGUAGAUGAAGUUGAAACAUUUUUUGAUAGUGAAGUAAAAAUGGAAACUCCUGGUGAAUGUGAAAAUGAAGCCAUAUUGCCGGAUGAUGAGACGUUUUUAAGUGAGAAUCUGUUUGAUAAUGAGCUGGCGACGAAAACUUUUGAAGAUGAGGUCUUUGUGAAUGAGGUGACGAUAGAUGAAUCGAACAUAAAAGAAGAGGUUCAGUGAAAAAUUAAAAAAAAAAAAAAAUGGUUUUCUUCGUUAGCGCAAUUGUAUUAUAAAGUAUACUUACAUCUAAACAAGAAAAAGCCGUUGGAUUAGUUUAUUUUGUACUAUAUUUCGUAUAUUAUUUAUGAAGCAAUUUAAAUGGUUUAUAAGCAAUUUAAUAUUUUUACAUAUUAAUUACACCACAUUUAUUAAUUCUGAAAUUAAAAUUAGGUACCGAGCGGAAAAAAAUGAGGAUAAAAAGAAAAUAAUAACAAGAGUUUGGGAUUUUUUUCUAAAAAAAUUUAUUGACCUAGUCUCCGUACUUUCCUUCUAUUUUGUUUUUCAACAUGCGCAUCUCCAAUUGUUACAACAGUAAUACAAAAUAUAUUCUAGAAAAUAAA